AUGCGCGCCCGCUUCCCCCAGCUCAAGAUUAAUCGCGGCACGCUGAGUCGCAUCUGCACGCGAGCCAAGCGCACCAGUGAGCUGAAGGAGCUGCGCGCGCUCAAGGAGGACCACGACACCAAGGCGGGGCUCAAGGGGAAGGAAGGGAAAGCCGACGACGGCUCCGUGCUGAAGGAGGAACUCUCCAAGCUGCGCACGCAUUUGCAGCUGCAGCUGGAGGAUGCGAAAGAGGCGACGGAGGAGCUCACCAAGGCGCGCACGCAAUUGCAGGUGCAGGAGGAGGAGACGAAGCGGGCCCAAAAGCAACUCAAAAAAGCAGAACAGCACGUUGUGGUGCUGCAGCACAUGAUGUCUCUCAAAGAAGCGGAAGCCAGCCAGCUCAAGUUCGAAACCAACGCCCUGAGGGUCCAGAUGCGACGUGAAAGGCGCAAGGCGGCAACGUUCGGAAGACAGCUUGACGCUGCGAACGCCCGCAAUACCGAGCUGCAGCAAAUGCUGUGCGAGGGCGCUGAAGACGACGAGGACACGCAGGAGACGCAAGGAAGCGAGCAAACGGAGGGCUGA